AUUGUCACCAAUAUACGAACAGGAGCUGUGAGGAGUGUCUGAAAAAUGUCACUUGCCUGUGGUGUGCCAGCAGCGGGAGGUGUGUGGAGUACCCCGUCCGAAGAGUCUUGCCCCCGGCUGACCUCUGUGAGCUCCGCUCUGCACGCUGGGGAGUCUGCUGGGUGAACUUUGAAGCCCUGAUCAUUGCGAUGUCCGUGGUGGGAGGAACAAUCCUCAUCAUGCUGGGGGUCUGCUGCUGCUGCUGCUGUUGUAAGAAGAAGAGCAAAAAGCCAGACAAGGAUGACGAAAGAGCAGCCAGGGAACGGGAGAAGAGGCGGGUGCGGCAGGAGGAGAGGAGAGCAGAGAUGAAAUCACGGCACGAUGAAAUCCGAAGAAAAUAUGGCCUGUUCAAGGAAGAGAACCCUUACGCAAAAUUUGAGAAUUAG